GCGUUUCCCAUUUACGCGCUCCAAAUCUUAGAUCCGGCCCUCCAAAGUCAACACCACCACAUACUGUCUCCGAAGGGUUCUGAUAUUGGUCACUACUGUGGCUCGGGGUCAGACCCACGGACAGCGACCAUGGAGUCUUCGAUUGACAGAGAAGAUGUGGUGCAUCCCGAAGUUCGGGCACAUAUCAACAGUCUCGUCUCGGCUCUUGGAGGAUUUGCCGACGAAGACGAUGGGGCACAUUACAGGCUAGGAGACGACGCUCUCGACGUCCUGCGCGACAUCAAGAAAUGGAUCCGAUUUUACGACGAAAGGCACAACCGCAUGGACGUUGCGCGAUGUAUAUCCGACGCAAACCUGGUCAGCGGAGACCUGAUGCACAUCCUAGCCCUUUGGAAAGAGAAUUGCAAGGACGAGAGAUACAAGUCCCGCUUAGCUCUCGCCUGUUACGAACUCUUGGCUCCCUUGACCUGGCCCAUCGAAAAGAACAAGGAGACCAUGACCGUCAACCACCACAGGCAUGUCCCGGUACUCGAGCUGGCACAGCUGAAAUACAAGCGCGAUAUUCUCAACUUCGACGGGGCACAGAUUCUGCAUACAGCAGUGCGUGUUGCCCUGCCCUCUAUGGCGAUGCCCAUCGGCGACAGGUCGCAAAGGGAUGUCGGGAUCAUUAAGCUUGUUCUCUACUUCUUGCGGAAUGUCGCCAUGAUCACGCCUCCUCCUGGGCUCAGUUUCGAUGGAGAUGAGACUCAGAUCUCCCGGUCGGCCCUCAUCGACGCCUUCUCGUACCAGGACAUCUUCCUCACUCUCCUGACUCUAGCAUCGAAUAUGGGCGAAGAGUUCAAGACUGAGGACGUCAUCGUUAUGGAGAUCAUUUUCCAUCUCAUCAAAAGGGUUGACGUCAAAAAGCUCUUCCUCAACGAGCAGGAACUCAUGAAGGCCAAGACGGACGAGCUGGCUGGUGCGAUGAAGAAGGAAGCAUCCAUGUUACGAUCAUACAGCCGCAAGGCUCCAACAAGACACAGUCGUUUUGGCACCAUGUUGUGGAUCCAGAAAUCAGACGGCAAAGUGUCCUCACUGUCGGGUCAAAGUGCGCUUGCAGAUGUGUCCAGUCGAGAGCGGAAAUUGGAUGAGACCAAAACAUUCCGACCCCCACGACGAGCAGCAAAGGAAAGCAUGGAGCCCAAGGACCUUGGUCCUCAGGUCAUAUUAAACGCGCGAGCGAAUAACCAACUGUGCGGAUUCGUGGAGGAAUUCCUGGAUUCCGGCUUCAACCCGCUGUUUUCACAGGUGCGCAAGACCCUAGAGAGAGAAGGCACAGAAGUAAUGCAGUACCAUGGUCAACAAUUCUUCUACACUGUUGCCUGGUUCCUGGAGGCCGAAAGAGCGAGACAACAAUCCAAGAAGGGCAAGACUUCUUCGGCCGACGAUCAAGUGAGCAGUUUUCAGCUGGUCGCAGGCGUGCUGAACCAAGAGAUGUUCAUCGCCCUGAAGCGGAAUCUACACAAAUCAUUCACCGAUGGCGACUGGCGCGAGCUGAACGCCGUUAUGCGAUGCUUCACGCAGAUUCUUCUCACGAUUCAGGAAAUGUUCGCAUCAGAGAAUGAGGAGGACCAAGAGAUCGCAGAGAACGCACUGAGCCGUCUGUUCUAUGAAGAGGUUACCCACGACACGAUCGUCAAUAUUGUGCGCGCAUACAAAGACCAAGGAUUUGACUAUUUGGAUGCGUGCACAGAACUCGUUCACACGUACAUGCGCGUCUUGGAGGCAUACUCCAAGGAGAACGUAGACAUGCAGGUCCGGUCCAAGAGGAGAACACGAAAGAAGAAGAAGGCCGCCGUCGCAGCUUCGCAGGACGGUGAGGCCAAUGGCAGCGAUGAGGAAGACGCAGGCUCUGCCGAUGAACAAGCAGCUGCCGAGAGGACGGCCCAAGAGCGCAAGUUCGAUUUCAAGAAGUUCGCCAAUCGAUUCGUCCCUCAAGGCGUCGUGGACACAUUUGUCAAAUUCACAAAGUACUACCGCGAUCUCGACGAGUCGCAGUUGAAGAGGGCCCAUCGAUACUUCUACCGGUUAGCUUUCAAGCAGGACAUGAGCGUCAUGCUCUUCCGUGUCGACAUCAUACAUCUGCUCUACAACAUGGUCAAGGGCCCUGAGCCUCUCGAUAAAUCCUCAGGGAUGUACAAGGACUGGGAAGAACUUGUGAAGCAGAUCCUGCGACGUUGUGUGAAGAAGAUUGAGGAGCGACCAGCAUUGAUCAUUGAAAUGCUGUUCUCCAAGAUUAACUCGACAGCAUACUACCUUGAGUAUGGUUACGACAAGCAGGUGCUGAGCAGUUCCACACCAAAGCCGGCCGCCGCCCUUGAGUUCCGUCGUCCAGACCUUACCUUGGCAGAGCAGGUAGCAACUGCUGUUGGCCUGCUGCUAGACAAGAAUGAGAGCGACCAAAUCGAAUGGGUCAAGAACCAGCUGGCAGCCUGCGAGGUCGUGCGUUCUGUCUGGGAAGCAGGCGAGAAAGCUAAGCUCAUGGUGGAGGAGCCUGAUGGCACAAUGACCCUGAGGGAAGAUUGGAAGAGCGCCAUGGCAGAACCUGAAUUCUUCACCCUCCGAGCCGACAACGAUGCUCGAAAAACGGCAAUUUUCAAGAAUCCUCGUUUGCGCCUGCUCAUGCAGGUUCUUGGUUUUGAGCGUUUGUCCUCGGCGCUAGAUGAGGAGAUCGGGUCAGCCUGGAUCAUAUCUUCGCGGCACUUCGCAGAGGACCUGGCGGAGUACAAGGCACUGAUCGACAAGGCCGAAUUCGACCCCCCAGCAUUCGACGACGGUGAGACCGCCGAGGACCAGGUCCGACGCAAGACCGCUCCGCGAAAGAAAGCCGUGUACGACGAUGAGAAUGACGACAUCGACGAUCUCCUCGACGACGGGGACGAGGCGCUCUUCCCAGCCAACCUCAAACCCAGCAAGCUCGUCGGCCCAGGGAACGAGAAACCGGCCAAGAAGCGCCGCCUCCGCCGCAAGGCCGACGGCGGGGAGGACGGCGGCCUGCCGACGGACGAAGAGGACGAGGAGCGCGCCGAGAGGGCGAAGAAGCGGCGCAAGCGCGACCUCGAGAAACAGCGCAAGAUCAAGUCUGCGCUCUACGUCAACCCCGACGAUGACGAGUCGGAUGCCGAGGCGGACGCGGACUUCUUUGCGCGCGAGGAGGCGAUCCGGCAGCGCGUCAAGAAGGCCCUCCAGUUCGCACCGACGGAUGCGGCGCAGCUCCAGGAGCCGGAGGUGACGCCGCAGGGGAUCGCGGACACCAUCAAGAGGCUGAUGGGCGACAGUGAUGCCGAGGAUGGCGAGAGUGACACGGCUGGCUCGCCGCGUGCGUCGCAGGGCAGCUCGGGCUCGAGAAAGAGGAAGUCUGACGCCCUGGGGGACGACGACGACGAAACCAGCCCGCCGGCCUCGAGGAGACGCGUCGCCAAGCCCAAGAAGACGAGGGGAGGUUUCCUGGCCGAUAGCAGCGACGAGGACGAGGACAUGGACGACGCGGAUCCAUCGUCGCCUGCCGGCGCGGCCAGUGCCGCCGGCGCGCAGGAGGACCACGACUCAGACAGCGAUCACAUGGAAACGGAUGAUACGCCGUUGUCGUCCAACCCCAAGGAGGAGGCGACUAACCAACGGCGGUCCCCGCUCAAGGAGAAGACAGCUAACACCCUGGCAAACCAAGAGUCGGACGAUGGGGAGGAUGACGACGUUCCUGUGGUCAGCAAGAGGCGCCCGAGGGUCAGGGGUGGCUUCGCGAUGGACAGCAGUGAUGAGGAGUAAUUGGUAGGAUUAGGGUAGCACCAUGCGUGGGAGUUUUGGAGUUUGCGGCUCACUGCUGCUGACAGUGCAGGGUUGGAUAAUCUAGUUGGGCAUCACAUACAUAUCUUUGAGUGAGAACAAAUUCAUAGCGAAUAAAAGUGAAUCAAUCG